GUCGCUUUACACAACAUGCAGGGAGCGGCUAAAAUGCGGCUGCUAGGGCAGCAGCUGGGUCAGCAGCUGAGGAGGAAGGUAAAAUGGAGCAGCGGCGCAGUACUGCCAUACUCCACGAAAAUAAGCCCUGUGGAAAUCUCCAAAAUUCUGGAGAAAAAAUUUGAACAGUUUGAUUUUAAGACAUCCGCAAAUGAAGUGGGAUACGUGUUAAGUGUAGGAGACGGAAUAUGUAGAGCUUUUGGGUUAAACAAUGUGAAGUCGUCAGAACUGCUAGAAAUUCACAACAGUGAUGGGGAUGGAGGAGGUGCAUCAAACAUUACGUAUGGAAUGGCUACUAACCUGGAGUAUGAUAACGUUGGGGUAGUGAUUUUUGGAAAUGACAGAAAUAUAAAAGAAGGAGAUAUCAUAAAACGGACAAACAGAAUUAUUGACGUGAGUGUUGGUCCUGAGUUAUUGGGGAGAGUAGUGGAUGGAUUGGGGAAGGAGAUUGAUGGAGGGAAACCAAUUCAGACCAAUGAAAAAAGGAAAAUAGAAAUAAAAGCACCAGGAAUUAUUGCACGGAAGAGUGUAAAUGAGUCCAUUAUUACAGGAAUUAAAUGUAUUGACAGUCUAGUCCCUAUAGGAAGAGGUCAGAGAGAGUUAAUCAUAGGAGAUAGACAAACAGGAAAAACAGCCAUAGCAGUAGAUACCAUCAUUCAUCAAAAAAAUGUAAAUGAACAGGUACCAGAUAAUGAAAAGGUUUACUGUAUUUAUGUUGCUAUUGGACAGAAAAAAAGUAACAUCGCAAAGUUGGUUAAUCUUCUGAAAAAAUACGAUGCGUUGAAAUAUACCAUUAUUGUAAAUUCGAGUGCUUCUGAUGCUUCACCUCUGCAGUUUUUGGCACCAUACACAGGAUGUGCCAUGGCCGAAUAUUUUCGAGACAAUGGAAAGCAUGCGUUGAUUAUUUUUGAUGACUUGAGUAAACAGGCAGUUGCUUAUAGACAGCUGUCCCUUCUUCUGAGGAGACCUCCAGGGAGAGAAGCAUACCCAGGAGAUAUAUUUUAUAUCCACUCGAAGCUGUUGGAGAGGUCCUCUAAAUUAAAUGACACACUAAAAGGGGGAAGUCUAACUGCACUGCCAAUCAUUGAGACUCUAAAUAACGAUGUAUCGGCUUACAUUCCAACUAAUGUCAUUUCGAUCACAGAUGGACAGAUAUUUUUGGAGAGUGAAUUGUUUUACAAAGGGAUAAUCCCUGCGAUUAAUGUAGGAUUGAGUGUGUCUCGGAUAGGUAGUAGUGCACAGUAUAAGUGUAUGAAGAAACUAGCUUCUUCGAUGAAGUUGGAGUUAGCUCAAUUUCGUGAGAUCGUGGCUUUUUCUCAGUUCGGUUCAGACUUAGAUGCAUCUACGAAGAAGCUCAUCGAGAAGGGAAAAAUAUUAACAGAAAUACUAAAGCAGAAGCAGUACUCUCCUGUCAGUAUCAGCUACCAGAUUUGCCUCAUCUAUGCAGCCACGAGAGACUACCUCGCUAGUCUUACCAUCGACAAGGUGCAGGACUUUGAGAAGAAAUAUUUUGAGUACCUCGAUAAUAACUAUGCCGAUGUGUUGAGGAAGAUCCAGGCCAACUGCGACUUGGCUGAGGUGGAGGACCAGAUCAAGGAGAGCAUCCAGCGCUUCCUCGAGCUGUACAAGGGGGAGAGCUGA